GCGAGCCAUCCAGCGGCUGUAAAGCGCUUAGAGGCCGGAAUAACGACCUGCCUUGCGCUUUCCGGCUGUCGUGGGAGAGGCAUCUGGGCUCGGACAGGGGCCGCCAUGGGGAAGGUGAAUGUGGCCAAGUUGCGUUACAUGAGCCGAGAUGACUUCAGGGUCUUGACUGCGGUUGAAAUGGGCAUGAAGAACCAUGAAAUUGUUCCCGGCAGUUUGAUUGCUUCUAUAGCCAGCCUUAAACAUGGUGGCUGUAAUAAAAUUUUAAGAGAAUUAGUGAAACAUAAACUCAUAGCUUGGGAGCGUACCAAAACUGUCCAGGGCUAUCGGUUGACAAAUGCAGGAUAUGAUUACCUAGCUUUGAAAACACUUUCUUCUAGGCAAGUAGUUGAGUCUGUUGGAAACCAGAUGGGUGUUGGCAAAGAAUCAGAUAUUUACAUUGUUGCAAAUGAAGAAGGACAACAAUUUGCAUUAAAGCUUCACAGACUAGGAAGAACCUCAUUUCGAAAUCUGAAAAACAAACGUGAUUAUCAUAAACAUAGGCAUAAUGUGUCUUGGCUUUAUUUAUCUCGUCUCUCUGCCAUGAAGGAAUUUGCCUAUAUGAAGGCAUUGUAUGAGAGGAAAUUUCCAGUUCCAAAGCCAAUUGAUUACAAUCGUCAUGCAGUUGUCAUGGAACUCAUAAAUGGUUAUCCACUAUGUCAGAUACACCAUGUUGAAGAUCCUGCAUCAGUAUAUGAUGAAGCUAUGGAACUAAUUGUCAAACUUGCAAAUCAUGGGCUGAUUCAUGGAGAUUUUAAUGAAUUUAAUCUCAUUUUGGAUGAAAGUGACCAUAUCACCAUGAUUGAUUUUCCACAAAUGGUUUCAACUUCUCAUCCCAAUGCUGAGUGGUAUUUUGACAGAGAUGUUAAAUGCAUUAGAGAUUUCUUCAUGAAACGUUUCAGCUACGAAAGUGAGCUUUUUCCAACCUUCAGGGAUAUCAGGAGGGAAGACACUCUUGAUGUGGAGGUUUCUGCCAGUGGCUACACGAAGGAAAUGCAGGCAGAUGAUGAACUGCUUCAUCCAUUAGGUCCAGACGAUAAAAAUAUUGAAACAGAAGAGAGAUCUGAAUUCUCAUUUUCAGAUGGAGAAGUGGCAGAAAAAGCAGAGGUUUAUAGGUCAGAAAAUGAAAGUGAACAGAACUCUCUAGAAGAAUCAGAGGNCUGCUAUUGCAGAUCAUCUGGAGACCCUGAACAAAUAAAGGAAUACAGUUUAUCAGAAGAGAGUGCUUAUGCACGGAGUUUUGAAAUGACUGAAUUCAGUCAAGCUUUAGAAAAAAUAAAAGGGCAGGUUGUUGAAAACAACUCUGUAACUGAAUUUUCCGAGGAGAAAAACAGAACUGAAAAUUACAAUGGGCAAGAUGGUCAGAGAGUUCAAGGAGGAGUCCCUGCUGGCUCUGAGGAGUAUGAAGAUGAAUGCCCUCAUCUAAUUGCCUUGUCAUCAUUAAAUAGAGAAUUCAGGCCUUUCAGAGAUGAAGAAAAUAUGGGAACUAUGAAUCAGUAUAGAACAAGAACUCUGAGUAUCACUUCUUCAGGCAGUGUUGUAAGCUGUUCGACAAUUCCUCCGGAACUGGUGAAACAGAAGGUGAAACGUCAGUUGACAAAGCAGCAAAAAUCAGCUGUCAGACGUCGAUUGCAGAAAGGAGAAGCAAAUAUAUUUACCAAGCAACGUAGGGAAAACAUGCAAAAUAUCAAAUCAAGUAUGGAAGCAGCUAGCUUUUGGGGAGAAUAAUGUAUUUAGGAUCUUGGAUAUGUUUUAAUAUAUUUUUUAAAGUUACUGUAAUUCCUUUUUGAGCCCUCAUUUGUCUUUUUUGAGCCAAAGUUAUCAUAUAUUAAUAAACCCUCUUUCAUCUAUAAA